AUGGCAAAUAACGAAGAAGCACCUCAGUUGAAUGAUGAUUUAGCGGCUGUUAGUCUCGAUGAUGAUUUAGCGGCUGUUAGUCUUGAUGAUGAUUUAGUGGCUGUUAGUCUUGAUGAUAAUUUAGCGGCUGUUAGUCUUGAUGAUGAUUUAGUGACUGUUAGUCUUAAUGAUGAAUUAGUAGUUGCUAGUUAUGAAAAUAAUGAAAAAGAUGAUGAACACACUAACUCUCAAGAAAAGCUCUAUAAAGGAAGGAUAUUCCAAAGUUGGGAUGAAGCAUAUAAUACAAUAAAAUUGUAUACACGGCAGAAAGGGUUUGGCUUAAGAAAAGGUCGCAUUGAGAAGACUUCUAAUGGUGCUACUCAAUUCUAUAUGAAUGUUGUUAAACUGAAACCAUUACAGAUUCAAAGAGCUAUACAAAAAGAAUUUCCUGAUC